CUAUUUCGGUCACGACGUCCACGUCUUACUCGAUUCUCUCCAUAUAGAGCUCGUAUUUUUUGUCCCUUUCAGAGCGCCCAACAACGACCACGAGCAUGUCGGUAAUGCUCACAAAGUUUGAAUCCAAAAGCAACCGUGUCAAAGGCCUUGCAUUUCAUCCUACGCAACCUUUGCUGGCAGCGGCUUUGCACAAUGGUAGCGUUCAAUUAUGGAACUAUCGCAUGGGUGUCCUCGUCGAUCGCUUCGACGAACAUGAAGGACCUGUACGAGGUGUUCAUUUUCAUCCGAGCAGAGCAUUGUUGGCGACGGGUGGAGAUGAUUACAAAGUCAGAGUGUGGGACAUACGUCCACAAAACCGCCGAUGCCUCUUCACCUUACAUGGACAUUUGGACUAUGUUAGAACCGUGCAAUUUCAUCAUGAAAUGCCUUGGAUUAUCUCGACUUCAGACGAUCAAACAAUUCGUAUCUGGAAUAGCACCUCCCGUAACUGUAUCGCCGUGUUAACGGGACACUCGCACUAUGUCAUGUCCGCCUUUUUUCAUUCCAAGGAGGAUCUAGUGGUUUCCGCUUCUAUGGAUCAGACGGUCCGCGUUUGGGACAUCUCCGGUCUUCGCAAAGGCUCUCCUAACACAGGCAGCAGUCAAUUCGAGACGUUUGACACCUUUUCCACUGUGAAAUAUGUUUUAGAAGGGCACGAUCGGGGGGUUAAUUACGCUGUGUUCCACCCUACCCUUCCGUUGAUCAUCUCUGCAGCCGAUGACCGUACCAUCAAAAUUUGGAGGAUGAGCGAGACAAAAGCUUGGGAAGUCGAUUCUUGUCGAGGUCAUUUCAAUAAUGUUUCCAGUGCCUUGUUCCACCCGAAACACGAACUCAUCGUUUCCUGUGGAGAAGAUAAAACUGUCCGUGUAUGGGAUUUGGCGAAACGCACGGCCAUCCAGACUUUCCGAAGAGAACAUGAUCGUUUUUGGGUCCUGGCAUCACAUCCCAACCUCAACCUAUUUGCAGCCGGCCACGACAAUGGACUCAUAGUUUUCAAACUGGAGAGAGAGCGACCCGCGUUCUCGGUACACCAGGACACCCUCUACUAUAUACGUGACAAAUAUGUUCGCUCCUACGACUUCAACUCGGCGUCUGAUAUAGGCCUCCUGAGCGUGCGGAAGCUUGGGAGCCCAUACAUCCCUCCUAGGACGUUGAGUUACAACCCAGCCGAGAAAGCUGUUAUAGUGACGACGUCGAGCGACAACGGGCUUUAUGAGCUUACCUCCUUGUCUGGACCAGGUCAAGUGCAGGGUGGUGAAGUCAAAGACUCUAGUGUGGAUGGCAAGAAGGGAUCUGGACAGAGUUCGAUAUUCGUUGCAAGGAACAGAUUUGCUGUUUUGAACAAAACUACUCAAACCAUCGAAGUCAGGGAUCUCUCGAAUUCAGUGAUCAAAACGAUCAAGCCGCCUGCACAAACGAACGAGAUAUUUUAUGGCGGCACGGCAUGCCUAAUCCUGAGUUCUACUUCGUCCGUUGUACUCUAUGACAUCCAACAACAGAAGACAAUUGCCGAAGUCAACACCCCACCGGUAAAAUAUGUCGUGUGGAAUUCGGAUUCCAGCUUGGUUGCCUUGAUGAGCAAACAUACCAUAACAAUAGCUAACCGAACGUUUUCUCAGCAUAGCUUGAUUCAUGAGACAAUCAGAAUCAAGUCUGGAGCUUGGGAUGAUUCGGGUGUCUUCAUUUACUCGACCCUCAACCAUGUCAAAUAUUGUCUUUCUCAAGGCGAUCAUGGCGUUAUAUGCACCCUCGACAACCCCGUUUACCUCACCCGUGUCAAGGGGAAGACCAUUCACUGUCUUGACCGAUCUGCUCGUCCCCGCACUAUCACAUUUGACCCAACGGAAUAUCGGUUUAAACUCGCUUUGUUAAAGAACAAUUACGAGGAAGUGUUGUAUAUCAUCAAAACCUCCACUUUAAUGGGUCAAAGCAUCAUUGCUUAUCUGCAACAGAAAGGUUUCCCUGAGAUUGCACUUCACUUUGUCCAAGACACAAAUACACGGUUUGAGCUCGCCCUCGAGUGCGGGAACUUGGAGGUUGCAAUGGAAACUGCCAAAACGAUUGACCGCUCGGAAUGCUGGGAACGACUGGCGCAACAAGCUUUGAGACAGGGCAAUCACGAAAUCGUUGAAAAAGCCUACCAACGGACGAAAAACUUUGACAAACUGUCCUUCUUAUAUUUGGCAACUGGCAGCUCGGAUAAACUCACAAAGAUGCUGAAAAUAGCUGAAAUGCGCGGGGAUCCGAUGUCUCGAUUCCAUAACGCCUUGUAUACAGGUGACCUAGAGGGCCGGAUCGCAGUUCUACGCGACGUCGCAAUGUACCCGCUUGCCUACCUCACUGCAAAGACCAACGGCUUAGAUGAGCUUGCGGAAGAAAUCUUGGAAGCCUCAGGAUUGACCGCUUCCGAUAUUGACGACGUGCCCACGUACGGUCCUUCAACUCUCAAGCGGCCCCCAAUUGUUACGCCUACAUCGAGCCUGAAUUGGCCGGUGAUAUCGACAGCAGAGAGCUUCUUCGACCGCGCUCUUGCCAAUGGUAGUUUGGAGGGUCCCAUUGAAUCCCCGCAUGGUAAUGGAGAUGUCAACCCCACCUCCGCACUCUCUGCCCUUGACGACUGGGCAAAAGAUGAAGAGUUACACGACGAUAUUGGACCCGAAGAAGGCGGUUGGGGUCUCGAAGCCGAUGCUGAGGAGGCUGUUCCGGAAGAAGAUCAAGAAAUUCUUCCGCAGGAGGACUUCGGGGAUGGCGCUGUUCCUGGGGCAAACGAGAGUGAAUUAUGGGUCAGAAAUUCGCCGCUAGCCGCGGACCAUGUUGCUGCUGGCUCCCUGGAGUCCGCCAUGCAGCUAUUGAAUCGACAACUGGGUGUUGUCAACUUUGCACCUCUGAAACCUCUAUUUCUGUCUAUCUAUCGCUCUUCCCACACCUAUCUCUCUCCAUUAGCAUCUUUGCAUCCAUUGCACCUGCACAUUCGCCGCAAUAUUUCGGAAUCCUCUCCCAGCAAAGUCCUUCCCGUCGCUGCUCGCUCCCUUCAAUCCGUCCGCUCUGAGCUGGCGGAGGGCUAUCGAGCGGUGUCUGGAGCUAGGCUUGCCGAUGCUCAGGAGAUUUUCCGGUCUGUUCUCAGGUCGCUUCUUCUUAUCGCUCUUACGUCGGAUGAUGAGGCUAGACAAUGGAGAGACACUGUCACACAAGCUCGCGAAUACCUUCUUGGUGUUUCAAUCGAGCUAGAGCGGAGACGGGUUGUAGAGGAAGAACCAAAUAACUUGAAACGGAACUUGGAACUGGCCGCCUAUUUCACUCACUGUCAACUUCAACCCCCUCACCUACAAAUAGCACUUCGCAGCGCUAUCGGCGUCUUCACUAAGGCAAAUAAUCAGGCUGAUGCUGCUCGUUUCGCACGGAGGCUCAUCGACCUAAGACCGGAUCCUAAAAUUGUGUCGCAGGCACGAACGAGGAUUGCUGCUGGUGAACGUAACCCCGUCAAUGCUGUUGAAAUUUCAUAUGACGAGUUCACUCCGUUUGAGAUAUGCGCAGCGAGCUUUACACCGAUAUACCGCGGGUCAACCUCUGUUCGCUGUCCUUACACCAACGCAACGUUUCUACCUGAUUAUAAGGGUACCCUCGAUCCACUGACGAACUUGACGGAGAUUGGUGCCACUGCUUCUGGUAUCCCUGCUCCGUGGUAGGAUUUCUCGUAUCGUAAUUAUUUAAUUUCGUCGUCAAUGAAGUUCCUGUUUAUCAUGAAGGUUGUUGAAUGAAUCACUAUCCUUUAGGCACUAUGGGUAGCAACGCCA